AUGGUCUCAUGGAACGUCUUUCGUAUUCUGGGUGACACCUCUCACCUGGGCUCAAUAUGUGUUCUGCUCUGGGCCAUACACAAAAACAAAAGCGCUGAGGGUAUCUCACUAUUGACCCAGUUACUUUACGCGGUCGUGUUUGUCUUCCGAUAUCUCGACCUGUUAAACCCUUCAACCUACAGCAUCAAAGGCUCAGUUGGGGCAUGGCAUGUGAUUUGGAAUGUCUGCUUCAAGCUCUUCUAUCUGACAUCAUCAUUCUAUGUCAUCUUCCUGAUGAUGAAGGUCUUCCCACGCACCAGAGAGCGGGAGCGUGCCUGGAAACUCGGCCUGUGGUCUGUGGCAGGAUCCCUUGUUCUAGCUCCCAUUGCGAUCACAGUGCUCGAGCAGGAGUGGCCCGGAGACUGGUUCAUUGAGCUUUGCUGGGCCUUUUCCGAAAUCCUCGAAUCCGUCUGUGUUUUACCACAGCUCCUUUUGCUUCGCCAGACGACUGUCCCGACCGUCAUCGAUUCCUACUACUUGCUUGCAUUAGGUGCAUACCGGGCAUUCUACAUCCUCAACUGGAUCGUUCGCCUCUUCAGCUCAGCACCGUUCCACGAUCAGAUUGCAGUCGUGUUUGGCAUUGUACAGACGGCGUUCUAUGUUGACUUUGCCUGGGUCUACUACUCGCGCCAACGUGUCAAGCUUCGAAAUGGCGGUGUCGUUGACUCCGAAGACUAUGGAAAUAGCUGGCUUGUGAACCGUGUGAUGAACUUCAGGCAAUCGCGCCGUUCCACAGACGAAGAACAGCAUCUCAGAAACGAAGAGGUUGACGGAGAGGAUCAGUCCAACCACAACCGAUGGGGCGCCCGUGGCAUUUCCAUUGCAGCAGACGACACUCUGGAGACCAAUGGCCACAACAAGGCACACCGCGAUGACGACAGUCUUGACGGAUUUUCGGGAGGCGAGGAUGAAACCAACGGCCGAGCCAACACCUCUCGGUAA